GAAAAAGGAGACAGAUCCAUCAUCAUAGAGCGUCCACCGUUUUCCUGUGCGUACACAUCAGGAAUCCCCUCCAUAUCGCCCAAACACAGGAGAAGAAAAAGAAAACAUUAGCAAGUCAAGUCUGCUUUCAAACCGAGAGAGACUGGGAGGUUUAUUGGUCCAUUCAUUUAAACAUGUCGGCUGCACAUUUAGAGGUUCCGUAUUUCGAGCCGACUGAACACCCCCAUAGGCGAUAUAAUCCUCUGAUAGGCAAGCAUGUACUGGUGUCCCCUCAUAGGACCAAACGCCCAUGGAAGGGGCAGACGGAGGAGCCGGUCCUGACCACUCUUCCAGAAUAUGAGGCAACUUGUAAUCUUUGUCCGGGUAACGAAAGAAGUAAUGGCAACAAGAACCCAAAGUAUAUAGACACUUUUACUUUCGAAAACGACUUCCCCGCUCUCCUUCCUGGUCCUCUACCAACCCUUCAGCAACCUUCCAAAGUCAAUUCAUCAGAUUCGCUUUUCGCAUCUGAACCGAUCAGGGGACGAUGUAAAGUCAUCUGCUUCCACCCCAAGCAUGAUCUUACAAUUGCUAGGAUGAACGUAGACGACGUGGUUAGGGUGAUCGGGGAGUGGAAGAACGUCUACGUGGAGGAAGGACGGAUGCUACAGGAAAGCAGUGGUCAAGGAUACGUGCAAAUAUUUGAGAAUCGGGGGGCUAUGAUGGGGGCCAGCGCACCUCACCCUCAUGGACAAGUUUGGUCAUUGUCCUAUGUACCUGAUGAACCCCAAACGGAGCUGAACAACCUGGCUGCCUCAACUUUGGUAUCUUCGGGUAACACUCCAGUGCGGGGCGACGGAUGUCCGUGUUUGCUAUGCACUUACGCAGCAGAAGAAGUGAGGCGAAAGGAACGGGUGGUUGAGAUUGACGUGGAGAGCGGAUGGGUCGCAGUAGUCCCUUUUUGGGCUGUGUGGCCUUUUGAAACCCUUUUGCUUCCUUACAAGAGACACAUUCCUUCCCUUAUUCAGCUAAACGAUAAUGAAAUAAUCGGACUGGCUCGUAUACUUCAGAGGCUUUUGGUAAGGUAUGACAAUCUUUUCUCAUGCCCAUUCCCUUAUUCCAUGGGGCUGCAUCAAUCUCCUCUUCCACCUUCAAACCCUGACGGCGAUGUGGCUCACAUCCACUUCCACUUCUAUCCGCCUCUUUUAAGGAGCGCCAGCGUACGCAAGUUUUUGGUUGGCUUUGAAAUGAUGGCUGAAGUACAAAGGGAUUUAACUCCUGAACAAGCUGCAUCAAGAUUAAGAGCUUUGCCAGGGACCCAUUAUUUGGAUCAGAAAAUAGCAGUUUAGAUUCCUGUUCGGGCAAUGACUUACACUAUGCUUCAUUCGAACUAGAAUGUUAUCCUUGCUUUUUGUUUGUUUGUGUUUGCCAUAUCAGCUUGCGUCCAAUGAUUAUGAAAUGCAUCAGUCACUCGAG